AUGCCUUUUACAAAAGAAGUUAAAGGUAAUACAAAAUUCGCUUCGACUAGUAUUGGUUUUAUUGAUGUAAGCAGCUCGACUACAAUCGCUAACGAUGUUAAGUUAAAACUAAUGCUAUGUGUGCUUGGGGAUAUUGGCAAGAAAAUAGAGAAUCCACAUCUAAUGGACAACAAUUCGCUCAUAGAACUGUUCGAAAGUUUUGCGGGCUCUGAGAGCGACGGACAGAAACUACACAUCUUGAUGGAAAGAUGUCACGCUGCCUCAAGUUAUGAGCUUGAAGAUUUCGUCAAUGAACUGUCGGAACUGUUGUGCAACUCUUUUGAAUUAUAUAUACCUACCUUAAAAACUUUUCUUUCGCAAUUAUUGGAAGAAUAUCCCAGGCGUAACACAGCACUUCAAAAGUUUUCUUCUCUUUUAACCGAUCGCAUCAUUAUACAGAACCUUCAUCAAUGUGAUAUUUUGGGCUUUGGAGAAAUAUUUGACCACUGCUUCGAGCUUCUUAUGCGGGUGCAGAAUGACAAGAUUGCUAUUCAGAUAACUAAAGAUGCUUUGAUCAAAAUCCUGGAUUCAGACAGUGUCUUGGGGGUUUUAAUAUCAGGGUCGCAUGGUCGUCAUUGUCUUCAACGCAUCUUUGAAUUAAACAUAAAUAAUGGGGUAGAGAAAGAAAAUCUACUGAAAAUGGUGGAUUCGGUUGCGGCUAUUGUGGAGCAAUGUUCUGAGCAUAAGAAUUUCACACCUCAGCUAUCUGAGGCGUUUUCCGUAUACAAAGCUUGUAGUACUUUGAUAGAUAAAUUUAGGCGCUACCAGAAUGCCAAACGCUCAUUGCCACCUAUCCUAUGUAACAACAAUGAACCACGCUAUACACUAUUAGGAAUGUCAGCACCACAAAAGUCAUCAGAUAUACCCCGCUAUUUGCAAGCAUUUGAGCAACAAAAAUUAAAUACAUUUCCGCUUUUAAUGAAAUUUUCGCCCUGUCAAAGUUGUCAGAAACAAGAACUCAUUCGUUUUUCCCCUGAUAAAUAUUCUUCGCUCAUGGAGGAAAAAGAGCUAACGGAUAUUAAUAAAACAUUUAAACAAUCGGAACGCAUUUUCUGUCUUCCAUUUGAGUUUAAUGAAAAUGACAACCUUGGCCCAUGGGAUAUUCUGAUCAGUGCAAGCGCAAAAAAAGAUAUGUUGCAUUUGGAAUCACCUCUGAAGCUUAAAGCGGUCAUGAAAAAACUCGGUAAUAUAUCUUCUGGGGCCUGGGCGAAGCACGGACUUAAACUUAUGGAACCAUCUCUCUCAAUUCCGGUUUAUGAAACAGAACUCCAUGGUCAUGACGGCUUGAAAAUUCUCUGGCAGGUUGACUACGGGUUUUCUAUUCGUAGCUAUCAGCUUACGCAACUUGUGAAAGUUUGGGCUGUCACUACAAACCAAAAUCGGAUUGACAAUAUAGUUGAAUACUUCAAGAUGUUUCAUCAAGUCUACACAGCUGAGCAAAUUUCCCGGUGUGCUGUUCAACAAAUUGGCGGAAAUGACAUAAUUUCACCAAAAAUCUUUGGAGAUGUGGAAGAGAUAAGAUCCACUAAGAACGAGUUCUACAAUUCCCAAAUUGACGAUGAAAAGCUGUUAAUGAUUCAUAAAAUGCUUGUUAGCAAUAAAUUCAUUCCCUUAUCAAAGAACUUGUUUAAGUCACUGGUAAUGGGUGGCUCCGAGUUUACUUUUCAGGUGUCAAAAGUAGAGUACGAGAUUAUCAAAAAUCCCACCUCAGCUAUCAUAAUCGGUCGAUCAGGCACAGGCAAGACCACAUGCAUCGUGUACAGAUUAAUUGCCUCUUAUCUCAGCAAUCCAAGUCAUCCAUUCGCUCACAAAAGGCAACUAUUCAUCACAACAAGUCAAGGUCUAUGUCGCCGAGUAAAGAAAUACUUUUAUAGGCUACGAAAAUCGGCAGCACUUGCUGAGAAAAAAAUGUCGCAAGCUCAGUUCUAUGAGUAUGCUAGAAAAAAAGAGGAAUGCUAUGAUAUUGAUCUAACUUCGAACAAAAUUCUUGGUAAUAAUAAGGAUCUAAGCUCCAUUCCAAACUCAUUUUCUCAGUUGAAAGAGGAUCAUUUCCCGUUAUUUAUUACUUAUGAAAAGUUUUCCGAAAUGCUUGAGGGGACUUAUGAAAUUGACGCUCAAAAACUAAUUCAACAAUCGAAAAUAAAUAAAGAAGAUGAGGACGUUUAUAAUGAUGACGAGAAAGAAUUUCAUUCUAAAUCAUUCUUUGGCAAUACACCAUGGACUCACUUUGUGGAUUAUAAUGUUUUUAAGGAAAGAUAUUGGAAUCGUUUAGAUAAGGAUAAACUGGAUUGUGAGCUGGUCUAUUCCGAGUUCUCUAUUAUUAAGGGAUCGGAUCCUGAAGGAAAGCAUUUAUCAAGAGAAGAAUAUCAGACUGUAAGCACCAAAAAAUACCCUGUAUUUUUCCAUAACCGGGACAAAAUUUACGAUUUAUUUCAGCGAUAUGAAAAGAUUAAAGCACUUAAUGGCGAUUAUGACUCGAUAGAUCGAACGCUGGCUAUUUUACGUUGCGCCACAAAAAAAACACUUAGAAGUCCACACAUUCAUGAAGUAUACAUCGAUGAAUGCCAGGAUAACCAGAUUGUGGAUUUUGGUCUUAUCUUGAAGAUCUUCAACUGCGUUGACAGUAUUUUUUUGGCCGGCGAUAUAGCGCAAUGUAUAGCCAAGGGCUCUUCUUUCCGAUUCCAGAACAUACGCGCCUUGAUGUAUAAAUGGGAACUCACUCGAAUUCAAACUAAUACUAUCCCUCAUAGUAUAAAACCAAAACAAUUCGAGUUAAACGUUAACUACCGUUCCCAUAAUGGGAUUCUUCGACUUGCUGCUUCAAUAAUUGAUCUCAUUUGGUUAUUUUUUCCUGAAUCAAUUGACCGUCUAUCACGUGAACAUUCUUAUGUUAGCGGUCCUUGGCCUAAAGUUUAUAAGAAAUUUCAAGAUUUCAAUGCCUUUUCUGAUGGAAAUGAUAUCGAACUUGGAGCUGAGCAGGUCAUUAUCGUACGGGAUGAAGAGUCUAAAUCAAAUAUUAAAAACCUAAUUAGAAAGUUUGGAUUAGUACUGACAGUGUUUGAGGCAAAGGGAAUGGAGUUUAAUGACGUGCUGUUGUAUAAUUUCUUUACAGAUUCUCCUGGACGUCGUAAGUGGCGAGUAAUUCUCACUGCUUUGGAAAACCAGUCUAAGGGAGUUCCAACCUUUUCUCAUGAAAAGCAUUAUAUCCUUUCCUCUGAACUUAAGCAUCUCUACGUUGCAGUUACCAGGGCACGGCAGCAUAUCUGUAUAUUUGAUGAAAAAAGUGAAUACAUCGAACCAAUCUGCAAAUACUGGGAACAUCAUAGGCUAGUCAAAGUGGAUGAAAUCGGUACUUUCUCUGCAUUAGCUAAAAAGAGCGAUCCAGCAGAAUGGGAUCGAAAAGGAGAGAAUUUUUUUGAACUGCAACAUUAUGAACAGGCUAUUUUCUGCUUCGAGAAGAGUAAAAAUGAUGACAAUCUCAUGCUAGCUGAGGCCUAUUAUCUUCGUCAAUUAGCAAGGACCUCCAUAAAUAACUCUGAUAGAGAUACUGUAAUUUCGAAUUUUUAUCGUGCAGCUGAUGCAUUUCGAAAGUGUUCUCAGCCGAUACAAGAGGGUUCAUGCUAUGAGGAUAUCAACAUGUAUGACAAAGCUGUUGAAGUUUAUCUUGAAUGGGAUAUGUUUGAGCAUGCUGCACGUUGUUAUCUUAAAGUUCCAAACUUUGAAAAAGCGGGAAAUUAUUUUGAAAAAGCGAAGAAGUACACCGAAGCUGUUGUUGCUUAUAAAGAUGAUCGAGAUUAUGAAAAAGUCAUUGAUUUAAUGCAAAGUCACAGAGAAAAAAUUGACAAGAAAAUAUUCAAUCGUAUCACAUGUCUUGUUAAUAUCCAUUACCGCCGGGUGCACGAUACAAAAAUGAGCGAGAAAGCUCUCUCUAUUCUUCCAACUCAAGAGGAACAAACAAAUCUCCUUCGAGAUCAUGCUCCCGAAGAGUUUCAGGAGGUCUGCAAGAAGAAUGGUCUGUUUCAUGCCGCUGCUGAAGACUUGCGCUUGCGCGGGAAGUUCAAUGAGGCUGCUGAUAUGUUCCUUCGUUCAGAUAACAACGACAAUGAUCUCAUAGAGUCUUUGCAAUGCUGCUUGUAUUUAUGUAAACUCAAAGUACUAAAAAAAAUAAUGACAGACCCCGCGUGUCCGAAUUUCUUUAAAGAAUUAAAUGAUCAUCUUUCCAAGGCAAAUAAUAUCAUUGCUAAAGCCAGAUUGCAAUCUAUCAAGAGCUCUGAAUGGGAGAGCCUAAAAGAAGAGGUCCAGUUGUAUAAUGCUUAUUUGGAUUUGAAUCUCGAUGGAAUCUGCAAAUAUAUGCAAACUUUUAGAAAACGUAAAGAUCGCGUCACUGAAUUUCGUGCAAUAAUCAUAUGGCUGCAUAUUCAGGCCGAGGACUGGUUGCAUAUUACAAACCCUGAUAUUCAGGCUGAGAACUGGAAAGAACGAUUGCAACAUCUAUUGAGAAUGUGUGAACUGGCCUUUCCCUUUUUAGCUCCUCGAGAAAAUGAUGAUAUUUCAAAAAUAAACAAGGAUUUUCAGGAUAUUUUUGUUGUAAGCGAAGCCGAAAACCAUCUACAAAAACGAAAAAUUUCUUUUGACAACCUUCUUGUUCCACUUUUGAAUCAAAGUAUUGGAGAGGAUGCUAUAGAAACCUUGGACAAUUGGUAUGUGUACGACGAGAGUACUUUGGACUUGACUAUCUCACAAUUUCUUGCUUCAUAUAUUUAUGAGCUUAUCUGGGAGGCUGGUCAGAAGGGUAGACAAAUUCAAUAUAUAAGUUCUAAAAUCUGCUUUAAGUUUAUGUCCUGUCGAAAUCAAGAUUGUCGAAAGCAUCAUGUUAUUCCAACACCCUCAAUUCUGCGCAAACGUUUUACACUUGCUUGCCUUCAGUACACUGUAAUGCAACGAUUAGACGUAUUGUACUGUCACCGACUUCUUAAAGAAGAACAAAGUAAAGAAGUACUUGGACCACAAAGAUUUUGGGCUGAAAGACUUGUGGAUGUUCAUAUUCGUUAUCAAUCACCUCAAAUAAGUUGUCCAGAAGUUAUUUAUGCGGUGCUUGCCGAACUUUCUAAAAGCACACAUUAUAAAUUAAUUGAUUUUGCUCACAAGGUUUCAUCUGAAGUAUUUAAGAAGCCUGAUGACUUUUCGACUAUGUUUAAAUGCAUGCUUGUUCUUCGACAAUUAAAUGACAAAUGGGGAAUUUAUAAAUUUGAUUCGGAAAUGUCAAAAAAAAUAAUGUUAAGAUACCCUGAGGAAUUACCCGUGGGAUUUGAUUACUACUCGGAAAAUUAUGAAGCUGUUCCUGUUGGAACGAGACUUUCAUUAUUCUUUUCAAAUCUCUAUAAUUAUCGCGUGUUAGAUGCGAUCACGAAUAUUAACAUCUUUAUUCAAUAUACUAUCAAAAAUACGAAAUUAAUCAAUAUGAAUACAUCUGAUGCAUUUAGUGAUCUGGUAUCUCUUAUGGAGUUCAAAACAUCUUUGGUUUUUGCGGUUGGUCCUGGGUAUUGCAAUUUUUGCCUUCCUCGAGCUUAUUUGGUUAAUUAUUUUGACGCAUUUACUGCGAAGCCGCUUAUUCCCAAUCCACACGGUUACAACAGAGAUGGCUAUCUGGUUGAAAUUACGAAUUCCAUUGAUGAGGUUCAAAGGCUUCUUGAACUGCUGAUCCUCACUGAACGAGUUUAUUUGACUACCAUCCUUAGAUUAAUACGGCUCUUGGUUCUCAUAGGCCUAAACGAAACUACUUCUGAAACCAGGGUCAUUGAUCUUUUUGAACACUGGUACAAACCUCUGAAAGACAAAGUAUUUUCUCCAACACUCAUAAGAUACUUGAACGAAAGAUAUAUGGGUCGCCUUGCGAACAUUCUUCACAAGGAUCUUAAGGAGACAGAUUGUGACUCCUUAGUAAUCGUUCACUAUCACAGGGGCGGCUCGUCAAAAUUUUCUAACUUAGAGCAACAUGGCAUUGUGAAGCUUGAAUAUAACUCUAUUAAGCAAUUUUAUUUUGCUCUUCAACAAAUCAUAUCACCGAUAGGUGCUAAAGAAAGUGAUUCUUCAGAUAUAAUUAAUCAACUGCCACGGAAAUCAAAUGAUCAUGGGCAACAGAACACUGUAUUACCAAUCGCUUUUGUUAGUGAUGAUCAGAACAGUGAAAAGUUUGAAAUUUCUAAAGAAGCUCAAGAUUCGACCACAGAGAUCCAGGUUUGGUUUCGUCGAAUUCACGAUUCCUCUCAGGCUAACGAACCAGCCAUCAAAAUUCAAAGAUGGUUCCGCCGUGCUCUCCGACGACAAAAAUCUCGUCAACAUAGUCAUGACCCCAUUCUCGAAAAGAUUUUUAAAGAGAUGCUAGUUUUUUGCAAGAAUGAAUGUCACUGGAAACUUGUUGUUGAGAAGAAGGGAAAAACAAGAGUGAACAAAUAUCAUAAGCUAUUGAGAGGUCUGAUCGUACAAAACACCGUAGAUCUGAUUAAGAUGCAAGGAAAAAUGGAUGAUACAAAGAUCAAAUUGCAAAUGACAAUCAAUAAUCGCAAUUCGGAUGACCGAAAAAUUGACGAAUGUUUAGAGUUACUGGACGAGUUAAAGUACAACAACCACUAUGAAAAUGUUAAGAUGGUGCUAGAUUCCCUAUCAACUUCAGAGAACAUGACAAAACAUCUAGAAGCAAACCUCGAGUGGUUGAAAAACGAGUCGCAAAUGGCGGAUGAUGUCUUAGAUGAUGUUUAUCAUUGGAUGAGUAAAUGCAACGAUGCCAUGAAAAAAUGA